AUGGCCGCACAGACAGCUGCUGGUGUAGUCAGGGAGCUGGAGGAAGCCCUGGCUGCGGGCUCGCCGUCUGCUUUUUGGUACGCGGCGGCCACCAACACCGGCGCCCGCCAGACCCUGCCGCACCUACCGAGGCGCGUGGCAUCCAACAUCCGCCGCCUCCGUCUCAGUUACAACUACGACAACCGGCCGGGCCGCCUGCAGGCCGCCGAGGAUCGCCACCUGGUCAAGAGUCGCCUGCUGCAGGGCCGCGCCACCUUCCGGCCGGGCCACCUGCCGGCGCUGCACAUCAAACCGGUGGAAAGCAGCGACCAGGCCAACUAUACCUGCAGGGUAGACUUCCGGAUAGCCACGUCGCGACGCACACACCUGAGUCUCCACGUGGUGGUGCCACCGGAACCACCCGUCCUGAGGGCCGGUGGUCAGCGGGUGACGGACGGGGUGUUGGGGCCGCUGCAGGAGGGCGGUGCCUGGGAGAUCACCUGCAGCGUGGCGGGCGGCGACCCUCCGCCCUCCGUUGUGUGGAGGCGGGACGGGGAGGUCCUGGACGCCACGUCGGAGUCCCGGUCCCCGGCACUUACGGUCAACCGGCUCAGCAUCCUCCGGCUCACGCGGGACUACCACAACGCCAGGCUCAAAUGCCUCGCCUACAAUAACAACGUCACCAGCCCCGCCAGUGCCUCCGUCACCGUCAAAAUGAACC